CCGGGACCAUUUUGCGCCCAAACCUCACGUCCCCUCCAAAUAAUUUUCAUGGUCACCGGUUUAGGUAUAAAUCUUGGAGGUAACAUAAACACAACGUGCAGUCAAACCCGAGGAGAGCUAGGAGCAUAGAGUAAGGACAGAGUGUGUGGAUGUUGUUGGCUGAUCGUUCAGUGGGUGUUAGCUAUAGGAACAAAAUGCCAAUCAUGUUUGUGUUACUGUGCCUGCUUCAAGGUUUACUGGUAUGCCUACCUAUACAAGGUACAACAGCAGCAGCGUGUGACGACGUCAUCGAAUCGCUGUGUCAGCCUGGCUUUAACUAUACGCAGACGGCCAUGACCAGUUCGCUCAGGGACCUACUUCGAGAUGACAGAAAUCUUAAGAUGCUGCAGAGUCUUCCCUUUGCGGAACUGGAGUGCUCGCCUUACAUGCAGAACUUACUCUGUGCUUUCUAUGCAACCAGGUGUGACCAGGAAGGAGGACGUCCAGCUCUCUUUCCCUGCAGAGAACUCUGCGCAGAGGUGAAAAGUGGAUGUGCCACAGUCAUGGAAUCCUUUGGCUUUAGUUGGCCAGAGAACCUUGAAUGUGAGAGAUUCCCAAGUCAUACCUACGGCCAGGAGUGCAACUUGGAAGAUUUUAGAGUACCACCACUUGACGACAAUUUCUACGGCAAUCUCAAACAAGAUCAUGGGUCAUGUGAACCAAUCACAGUCAAGAUCUGCGCAGGGUCGGGUGUCCUUCACAGCCAAACGAGAACCCCGAUCGCCGUCCCGUUUGGUUCCGGCCUGGAAGACUUCAAUCUCUACCCAACCCAGAAGGAGGCCUUUGAUGUCAUCGCUCCUUAUACCACCCUUUUGAGUAGGGGCGGUGGGUGCCAGGAGUUUCUUAAACCCUUGGUGUGUGGCACGUACCUGCCGGCCUGUGGUGUCAGGGGGCGUAAUGUCACCCUUCCCUGCAAGGACCUCUGCGUGCAAGCUCGGUCUUCGUGUAGACUGAGCAUGCUAAGACAUGGUCUGCAAUGGCCGAGUUCGCUAGAUUGUAACCGCUUUCCGACAGACGAGGAGAAUCCUGAAUGCCUCUCUGCUUUGAGUUUAGGGGAAGCGUCCGAUAGUGACGUCUCCACCAGUGUUAGAGUGCCUUGUACAUUUAGCCUCAGCCCUGCCAUUCAACCCCAAUGGCUGACUCCUGAUGGCACCCCAGUUUCAUCAGAUACUGAUAUGAGGGUGUUUGUAGAGGUCACAGACAAACACGUGACGGACCUAAUCAUUGAGGGGUUCAUCGAUUCUGUGGACAGCGGGAAGUACACCUGCACGGCUGGUAGUUUCUCACGCUCGGUAACUCUGGGAGACAUCUCUCAGCCAGCGCCAGUAAACAAAGUUUCCGUAGCUGAGGUCGUCAGUCAAUCUAUUUUGGGCAUCACCAUCAAGUCUGUUAGUUGUACCUACGAAAACCUGCCAGCGUUCCAGCCAAAGUGGUUGAAUCCUGACGGAGUUGAAAUCACGGACGAUGUUCAUUCCCGCAUCAAAGUCAACUAUGUUUCGGACAGCAUCACUGAACUUUCCAUCCACGAUUUCACUGACUCUGUCGACGCUGGUACCUAUGUCUGCACUGGUGCCCAUGAAGAUUCAGCCGUUCCAGUUGAAAUUGGUGAUGCCACUAAUAUGGACAACACUACUGCACCUGAUGAGGGACCAGACAUACCAGAUCAAUCAUCCUGUGAGGAGAUCCGAGUGCCUGCCUGCAUGACUGGAAUUGCCUACUCCUCGACUCAAAUCCCAAACUUAGUUGCUGAGAAUCAAGACUUUGCUGAGUCCCUCAUGGAAAGUUUUUCCCCCAUCUUGGACAAUGCCUGCAGCGCUUACCUCCGCCCGUACAUUUGCUCCCUCUUCCUGCCACCCUGCGGAAAUAGGACCGUCGCACCAUGCCAGGAGCUGUGCCUGAAAGCAGUCGAUGGCUGCUCUGGGCCAAUUCCAGAGUCUUUGAGAGAGUCGUGUUCUUCAUUGCCAAAAGAGUCAGAUGACCUCAUCGAAUGUUACAACGUAAAUGAAGACACCAUCAUGUACAACACUACUAUACCCGAUGAGGGACCAGUCAUAACAGAUCAAUCAUCCUGUGAGGAGAUCCGAGUGCCUGCCUGCAUGACUGGAAUUGCCUACUCCUCGACACAGAUCCCAUUAGUUGCUGAGAAUCAAGAUUUUGCCGAGUCCCUCAUGGAAAGUUUUUCCCCCAUCUUGGACAAUGCCUGCAGCGCUUACCUCCGACCCUACAUCUGCUCUCUCUUCCUGCCACCCUGCGGAAAGAGGGCAGUCGUACCCUGCCAGGAGCUGUGCCUGAAAGCAGUCGAUGGCUGCUCUGGGCCAAUUCCAGAGUCUUUGAGAGAGUCGUGUUCUUCAUUGCCAAAAGAGUCAGAUGACCUCAUCGAAUGUUACAACGUAAAUGAAGACACCAUCAUGUACAACACUACUAUACCUGAUGAGGGACCAGUCAUAACAGAUCAAUCAUCCUGUGAGGAGAUCCGAGUGCCUGCCUGCAUGACUGGAAUUGCCUACUCCUCGACUCAAAUCCCAAACUUAGCUGCCGAGAAUCAAGACUUUGCUGAGUCCCUAAUGGAAAGUUUUUUCCCCAUCUUGGACAACGCCUGCAGCGCUUACCUCCGACCCUACAUCUGCUCCCUCUUCCUGCCACCCUGUGGAAAGAGGGCCGUCGCACCAUGCCAGGAGCUGUGCCUGAAAGCAGUCGAUGGCUGCUCUGGGCCAAUUCCAGAGUCUUUGAGAGAGACGUGUUCUUCAUUGCCAAAAGAGUCAGAUGACCUCAUCGAAUGUUACAAUGUUAAUGAAGACACCAUCAUGAACAACACUACUAUACCUGAUGAGGGACCAGUCAUAACAGAUCAAUCAUUUAAUGACACCAUCAUGUACAACACUACUAUACCUGAUGAGGGACUAGUCAUACCAGAUCAAUCAUCCUGUGAGGAGAUCCGAGUGCCUGCCUGCAUGACUGGAAUUGCCUACUCCUCGACACAGAUCCCAAACUUAGUUGCCGAGAAUCAAGAUUUUGCCGAGUCCCUCAUGGAAAGUUUUUCCCCCAUCUUGGACAAUGCCUGCAGCGCUUACCUCCGACCCUACAUCUGCUCUCUCUUCCUGCCACCCUGCGGAAAGAGGUCAGUCGUACCCUGCCAGGAGCUGUGCCUGAAAGCAGUCGAUGGCUGCUCUGGGCCAAUUCCAGAGUCUUUGAGAGAGUCAUGUUCUUCAUUGCCAAAAGAGUCCGAUGACUUCAUCGAAUGUUACAAUGUUAAUGAAGACACCAUCAUGAACAACACUACUAUACCUGAUGAGGGACCACUCAUAACAGAUCAAUCAUCCUGUGAGGAGAUUCGAGUGCCUGCCUGCAUGACUGGAAUCGCCUACUCCUCGACCAUCGUCCCAAGCUUGACUGGUCUGAGUCAAGAUGACGUUGCCGCCAGUCUGGAAAGCUUCUCCCUGAUCUUGGACAAUGCCUGCAGCGCUUACUUCCGUCCCUACAUGUGCUCCCUCUUCCUGCCACCUUGCGGAAGUAAGGCCAUCGCACCCUGCCAGGAACUAUGCCUGAAAGCAGUCAAUGAUUGCUCCAGUACAUUAGCGGGGUCAUUCUCGCAGGGACAGGUGACCGCAUUGAGAGAUGCAUGUUCUUCAAUGCCGAGUGAGGCAGAUGACUUCAGCGAAUGUUACAACGUAAACGAAGUCUCAGUAGAUGAAGUCGUCAGUCAAACUAUUUUGGGCAUCACCAUGAAGUCUGUUGGAUGUACCUACAACUUUCUGCCAGCAUUCCAGCCCAAGUGGUUUACUCCUGAGGGAGUUGAAAUCAUGGAUGAUGUUAAUUCCCCCAUCAAAGUCAACCAUGUGUCAGACAGCGUCACCGAACUUUCCAUCAGCGAUUUCACUGACUCAUUUGUCACCGGCACCUAUGUUUGCACUGGUGCCCAUGAAGAUUCAGCCGUUCCAGUUGUAAUUGGUGAUGCCACUAACAUGGACAACACUACUAUACCUGACGUGCCAGACCAAUCAUCCUGUGAGGAGAUCCGAGUGCCUGCCUGCAUGACUGGAAUUGCCUACUCCUCGACUCAAAUCCCAAACUUAGUUGCCGAGAAUCAAGACUUUGCUGAGUCCCUAAUGGAAAGUUUUUCCCCCAUCUUGGACAACGCCUGCAGCGCUUACCUCCGACCCUACAUCUGCUCCCUCUUCCUGCCACCCUGCGGAAAGAGGGCCGUCGCACCAUGCCAGGAGCUGUGCCUGAAAGCAGUCGAUGGCUGCUCUGGGCCAAUUACAGAGUCUUUGAGAGAGUCGUGUUCUUCAUUGCCAAAAGAGUCAGAUGACCUCAUCGAAUGUUACAAUGUUAAUGAAGACACCAUCAUGAACAACACUACUAUACCUGAUGAGGGACCAGUCAUAACAGAUCAAUCAUCCUGUGAGGAGAUUCGAGUGCCUGCCUGCAUGACUGGAAUCGCCUACUCCUCGACCAUCGUCCCAAGCUUGACUGGUCUGAGUCAAGAUGCCGUUGCCGCCAGUCUGGAAAGCUUCUCCCUGAUCUUGGACAAUGCCUGCAGCGCUUACUUCCGUCCCUACAUGUGCUCCCUCUUCCUGCCACCUUGCGGAAGUAAGGCCAUCGCACCCUGCCAGGAACUAUGCCUGAAAGCAGUCAAUGAUUGCGCCAGUACAUUAGCGGGGUCAUUCUCGCAGGGACAGGUGACCGCAUUGAGAGAUGCAUGUUCUUCAAUGCCGAGUGAGGCAGAUGACUUCAGCGAAUGUUACAACGUAAACGAAGUCUCAGUAGAUGAAGUCGUCAGUCAAACUAUUUUGGGCAUCACCAUGAAGUCUGUUAGGUGUACCUACAACUUUCUGCCAGCGUUCCAGCCCAAGUGGUUUACUCCUGAGGGACUUGAAAUCACGGACGAUGUUAAUUCCCCCAUCAAAGUCAACCAUGUGUCAGACAGCGUCACCGAACUUUCCAUCAGCGAUUUCACUGACUCAUUUGUCACCGGCACCUAUGUUUGCACUGGUGCCCAUGAAGAUUCAGCCGUUCCAGUUGUAAUUGGUGAUGCCACUAACAUGGACAACACUACUAUACCUGACAUACCAGACCAAUCAUGGAACUGUUCUUUAUUUGAAUUUGUCUGCAAUAACCGUGAAUGUAUUUCCAGCACCCUAGUCUGUGAUAACAACUACGAUUGUGCUGACGAGAGUGACGAGGCCGAGGAGUUAUGCAAGACGUCUUCAUCGGGCUGCUCUGUUGACGAACACGCCUGCCUACUAAGUGGGGAGUGCCUGAAGGCGGUGUAUUGGUGCGAUGGCAAGUUCGACUGCGCUGAUAACUCAGAUGAAAAGAACUGCUCCCUUCUUCUGGUGGUGACACCUGUGAAUGUGAGUCAAGUUUCCUCAACUCGGAUUGAUGUGUCGUUGGAGUGCUCCUCACUGUUUGUCUACCAUACCGUACAGGAAAAACCGGCGUGGAUAACUGCAGAUGGAGAUACCAUUGCAGCUGGUUCCAGUUUACUGAACACCCGUGUGGAAUAUGUCAACGAUUUCACAAGCCGUCUUAUCAUCGAGGGUUACACUGAUGAAGCCAAUGGAGGCAUUUAUGUUUGCGGCGUUUACAGUUUUGCAAAGUCAACUCUUCUGGGCGAUCUGAAUCCCAAGCAAAUCGGAGAAAACUGUGAGGAGAUUCGAGUCUCAGCCUGCAUGACUGGAAUCGGCUACUCCUCGACCUACAUCCCGAGCAUCAUUGGCCUGAACCAAGAUGAGGUUGAGACCCUCAUGGAGAGUUUCUCCCUCAUCUUGGAUAACGCCUGCAGUGCUUACUUCCGUCCCUACAUGUGCUCCCUCUACUUGCCACCAUGUGGAGAGAAGGCCAUUAUACCCUGCCAGGAGUUGUGUCUGAAAGCAGUCAAUGAAUGCGCCAGUACUUUAGCGGGGUCGUUCUCGCAGACGGAGGUGACCGCCUUGAGAGACGCGUGUGCCUCAAUGCCGAGUGAGGCAGAUGACUCCAGCGAAUGUUACAACGUGAACGAAGUUUCAGUGGAAGAGCUCAGAAGCUAUACGUCACUCGGUCGCACCGAUAUGUACGUUAAUUGUCACUACAACCUUCUCCCGGUGGUCCAGCCCAAAUGGUUCAACCCUGAUGGAGUUGAAAUCACAGAUGAUUAUACUUCCCGUAUCAAAGUCCACCACUUCUCGGACAAUGUCACAGCACUUUCCAUCAGAGAGUUUACCGACUCCGUCGACGCCGGUACCUAUGUCUGCACUGGUUCCCAUGAAGAUUCAGCCGUCCCAGUUUUAAUCGGUGAUACCACUAAUAUGGACAACACUACUGUAUCCGAUGAGGGACCAGAUCAUUCAUCCUGUGAGGAGAUCCGAGUGCCUGCCUGCAUGACUGGAAUAGCCUACUCCUCGACCUUCGUCCCAAGCCUCACAGGCCUGAACCAAGAUCAGGUUGCAGCCAAUUUGGAAAACUUCUCCCUCAUCUUGGAAAAUGCCUGCAGCGCUUACUUCCGUCCCUACAUGUGCUCCCUCUACUUGCCACCCUGUGGAGAGAAGGCGGUCGUACCCUGCCAGGAGCUAUGCCUGAAAGCAGUCAAUGAUUGCGCCAGUACAUUAGCAGGAUCAUUCUCCUAUCAGGAGGUUUUUGCAUUGAGAGAGUCCUGUGCCUCAAUGCCGAGUGAGGCAGAUGGCUCCAGCGAAUGUUACAAUGUGAACGAAGUUUCAGUUGAUGAAGUUGGCAGUGAUAUAAAUUACGGCUUCACCGCUAAGUACGCGCAUUGUAACUACAACCUUCUGCCAGUGCUCCAGCCCAAGUGGUUGAAUCGUGAAGGAGUUGAAAUCACAGAUGAUGUCACCUCCCGCAUCAGAGUUAUCCACAGGUCCGAUAGCAUCACAGCUCUCAUCAUUAAUGAAUUCACCGACUCGGUCGAUGCCGGUACCUAUGUUUGUACCGGUGCCAGGGAAGAUUCAGCCGUCCCAGUUGUAAUCGGAGAUGUCACUAACAUGCGUAACACUUCUCGCUUUGAUCUAUGGACGGGCAUGCCAGAACCAACAUCUUGUGAGGAGAUUCGAAUUCCAGAAUGCUCCAAGGGUCUUGAUUACUCAUCCGCCUACCCCAGGAGCUCGUUAAUGACCCAAGACGACGUUCUGAGCAGCUUCGCCAUCUUCUCUUCCUUCUUCAACGCCGACUGCAGUCCAUACUUCCGCCCCUACAUAUGUUCAUUGUACUUCCCACCGUGCCGAGGGGGGCGAGGAAUUCUUCCAUGCAGAGAGAUGUGUCUUAAGGCAACGUCGGAGUGUGAGGAGAUACUUAUUUCAGAUCCGGGGGAUGUCAUAGCAUCGAUGAGGGAGUCCUGCAAAGACUUGCCCAGCGAGUCCGAUCCUUCAAGUCAAUGUUACUAUGUGAAAGAGGUUGAAAUUGGAGAAAUAUAUGGCGAAGCAUCAGAAGAUGGUGUUGAAACAUACGUUGAGUGUACCUACAACCUUCUUCCCGAACUCCAACCCAAGUGGUCUGGCCCCGACGGCUUAGAAAUUGCAGGUCCACCAGCACGAGUAAGCUCAGUUGAAAUCUCUUCCUCCGUCACUCGUUUGAGUAUCAGAGAUUACGAUGCGGCCGUUGAUGGAGGAACCUACACAUGUCAUGGCCGAGACCAGACAGCGUCUGUCGAUUUAUAAACCUGAACCCGCAGUGAAAACAAUCAUGAGAUGAUCAGAUGAGAUGUCUCACCAACGAUGUUUGAAAUGUUACCAUAGAGACGUUUUGCUUCAAUAAGAAACAGCUGUACUUAUAAUAAGCGUUAACUGUACUUUUUUAUAAUAAAAAUAUAGAGUCAUUUGCCAUGAUGCCACAUGUGUGAUGUAGUAAACAGUAAAAUGUAGGGGGCUGGGUUUAAACCUUUAAGUCUUGUCUACUAGUUUUUUAUAAUAUUUUUUUUUAAAGUAAAAAUAAUGUAUGGACAAGUGCUGUGAUUUGGUUUGGGGAAGGGGGCUUGAGAGGGAGGACAAUUUUACAACAGGAGUUUUCAUAGAAUAGUAAAUUCAUUGAAGCCUUUAGUUUGUAAUAACAAAAUUAAUUUUGUUAUUAAAAUUUCUACUGAAUAUUUGUACUAAUGUGAACUUUAAGUGAGCUUUCAGGGUAAAACUAAUUACCGAUUGAAAAAAUAAUUAUCCUUAUAUGCUAUAAAUUAGUGUUUAACAAUGUUAAUAACAGGGCCCAAUUUUUAUAAAACCUGAAGCACAGAAAAGUUUUGCUUAAGAAAUUUCUGGUUACCAUCCAAAAUGUCUUCCAUUUUCUGCUAAACAGCUUUAUGAAUUUGGGCCCAGGACAUGAACACCAGGUAGUAAUAAAAACCUUCUUUAGAACUGCUUUCUGUGUGUGUUUUCUUUAUUGUUCUUUUAUCACUUGCAAUUUUUACUUGUGAAAUUAAUAAAUGAAAUGAAAUAAAGUAAUGUUGAACUUA